GCCUCUGCUGCCACCGAUCCUGCUGCUCCUGUCGCCGCCACCAGGCAAGUUUUUUUCACUUCCUUUGGCAAAACUGCAUACAUAUAUAUAAAUUCUUCAAACAUACCUCUUGUGCUUGGAUAAAACAGAGACAAUCAACAAUGAGUUGUUUUCCAAGCUUGGUGGUAGCACUUGGAUUUUUUGUAACAGCAAGUUACAGCGAUUGUAACUGGGAAAAGAAUGCAAUUGCUGCAAGACGAAUAGCAGGUUGCUGGAAAGAUGAUGAGAUGCAUCCAUAUUUUUCCAAGUGGAUAACAGAUGAUUGUAAAGAAUGUACUUGCCACAAAAAAGGAAUGGAAUGCUGCUCCCAUGAUUCGAUCGCAGUAGGAUACAAUCCAAAGAUGUGCAUUGCCAAAAAAGUAAAUUGUACUUUCACUGUUGUAAGAAGAAAAGAUCAUUCCAUUCCAUGCCCUUUCAAACUAUUGGAAAUAGAUAGUGACAGUAGCGACAGUAGUGAUGACGACUCAAGUGACGAUGAUGGUGGAAAAAUCGAUAUUGAAGAGUACGUAAAGUUACUUUCAUAUUUUGAGGAUCAAGUAGACUGUGAAGAAAAUAUUGAAAAAAAAGAAGAAAUAGAAGAAGAAGAAGAAGAAGAAAACCACUUCAAACCCGAAAAAAUCUAUCCCAUUGCCAGUUAUUAAUUAAUUAUAUUCCUGGUCUGACAAAUAAAAUGAUUUUUUUUCUUUAAAGUUGGUCUGCCUGACAAGAAUAAAAGUUGA